GUUCUCGAGUGAUACGGCAUGAACGUCACGUACCUAGUUUGCUUUGUGCGGUGCGUUCCGCUGCACCUUUAAGAAGAAGAUGGGUGUGUUCAAACACAUAUUGGCCUCAUUGAGGAGAGAAAGCUCGCUGAUCUAACUAGUUCACCUGUCAGCGGUAGCGAAAGCGUCGAAUACGCAUUCAGAUGCGACUGACUCUUUGUUACGACUUUUAUUUGUUCAUAUGAUUUGACUUCUGAAUACAUUUUAGAUACAUAUUGGGCUAAAGCUGGACAACCGACGUUGUAAACAAGAUUAUGGGGCCGCUCGCAAUACGGUAUCUGUUUUCAUGGCUCUUCGUUGCUUCCACCGUACAGGUAUCAAGUUUACAUUUUGCGCAGGCAACAUACCUCUGCACGGCGUAUAUUAAUGUCUCUUUUACUGCGCCUCAAAGCAACGAAACUGUCUGGCAACAAGAGGAAAUUGGGCUCUAUGGUCAAGAUUCCCCAAAACUUCGGGUUGAGGGAGAAGUGUACUUGCCUGACCCGAUCUACAGUUGCGAUAUAAACACAAUUUACGGUGCACCAAACGGGUCUAAAGGCUGGAUUGCCCUUAUUCAGCGUGGACAAGGAUGUACUUUUACAGAGAAAAUCAAUAUUGCAGCAAGUAAGGGCGCUAUAGCUGCGGUAAUAUUCAAUGAUUUUGGGACAGAUAACCGAGUCAUUCAGAUGUCUCACCCAGGGACAGGUGACAUGGUUGCAGUCAUGAUUGGCUACAUGCAUGGGAUGGAAUUCGUACGAUUACUACGGGAGGGUGUGACAAUCACCAUGGCGAUAGAGAUGGGAAAACAGCAUGGGCCUUGGAUGAGCCAUUACUCUGUGUUCUUCGUGUCCAUCUCUUUCUUCAUUGUCACCGCGGCAACUGUCGGUUACUUCAUCUUCUACUCAGCACGGCGACUUAACAGCGUCAGACUACAAAACCGCAAACAGAAGCAGUUGAAGGCUGAGGCAAAGAAGGCAAUUGGUCAACUUCAGGUCCGAACGCUCAAGCAAGGCGAUGUGGAAACGGGUCCAGAUGCUGACACUUGUGCUGUGUGUAUUGAUGCAUAUAAACCCGGAGAUGUCCUCUCUAUACUGACCUGCAAUCAUUUCUUCCAUAAGACAUGCAUUGAGCCAUGGUUACUGGAACACAGGACCUGCCCCAUGUGUAAAUGUGACAUACUGAAAGCACUCGGAGUGGAGCUGGAUGUGGAGGACCCUCCACAGCUCGUGCCCAUGCCCCCUGAUUUCAGGUCGUUCUCGAGUGUCACUGAGGAGUUCCACAGUGAGACUACAUCACACACUCACAGUGAGACUACAUCACACACACACAGCGACACGGCCUCCUCUGGCUACGCUUCCAUACAGGGCACCCAACAGCACAGUCCAAUGGGAGAACUACUCAUGCACAACGGGCCGGAGAGGACUUCUGACCUUGGGGCAGUGCAGGUGGAGGUUCAACCACACUACGAUAACCCUGCCUUUGAGAAUGAUGUACGCAACCAGAGAGAAGCCAGAACAUGAGCCCAGACAUUCAAAUAUGCAGUUAUAUAAAUAACACAGAAUGUUAUACACACAGAUGUGACAGUAAGACGUACAACGCGACACUUUCAUUGGACAGACUAACAAAACAUGACGCAUAUAGACGCAAGCACUAUACACACGUUCUGAACAUUUAGAUAGACAAACACACCCUCAUACGCUUACAGAAAUACUCAAAUUCACUGACUAAUCCAUUUGCACUGCAAUACAUUUAUACUGUAUGCACACAUAAACACACACAUGCGCAUGCUCUCACGCACAGUGUGAUUCGCUCAGUAGAAAGACUAUACUGAGGAGUUGUUAUUCUCUAAACAUGGUUCAGGCCUGUGUUUGAGUACCAAGCCCCUGAAAACUCUCUAUGCAUUUUACUGAAGUCUAAUUUUCUCACACCCUUUUGUUUUAAAAGAACUACUUCUUACCUACUACUGACUAUUUCUCAAACUGCACACAGACUUAUAUAUGUAUAUUUGAUGUGAUUUUUUUUUUGAAUGUUAACUUUCAAUGGACAGAUUAUUUAGUCUUAUUUUGAUUGAGUCAGAAGUCACUGUUUUAUUCUGUAUGUGUUUAGGCUAUAGUCAUCUCCAGCAGGGUUCGGACUAGUCAGGGUUUCAUAGGUUUUAAUGUGGCCUUGUACACACGUGUAAUUUGAUACUUGAGAGACCUGCAGGCUAACUGCCCCUCUUACACUUUUGGGUGAUUUUAGAUUAGCUUGUGUAUGUGUGUGUGUGUGUGUGUGUGUGUGUGUGCGCAUGUGAGAGAGAGAGAAGGACAGGCAGAUACUAAGAAAACUUCAUUUAUAAACAACAACAAAAACAUUUUUAAACAGAGUAUGUGCGCAGAACAUUUUAGCAAACCUUUAAACACAUUUACCCACACACAGCCUUCAAGGAUCAGCUUCCUCAACACAAGGAUUGUACUUUGUGUAAGUUGUGUGUGUAUAAGGAUGUGGGCAUGUGUGGUGUGCGUGUGUUCUACCUUGUAUUCAGGCACAGGGUGGCACUGCCUUCACUUUGUCCAUAUCCUUAUGAAACACAACCCCACCUACUGGUUGCUUGUGAUAUUGUCAGUUCUCUUUCUUGCUCUUUCUCACUUUUUCCUGAUACACACACACACACACACACACAUAUAUAUAUAUAUAUACACAUCCUCUUUCUCUUACUCACAGAUUACUUCCUCUCUUUCUCCUAUGAACCAGCCAAAACUAGUUGGCAUUCACUGUUGAAAGUAGGGUGAGGUUUUAACAGUGUGUGUGUGAGUAUGAGGUUAGUGUGCCUUAUUUGAUUAGAUAUGUGCAACUAGUGUGCCUUAAGUGAGCAAGUCCCAGCCCUGUUAGCUCAUGGAGAUGGACAGUAGUAUGUGUAUGCACUUUACUGAUUUGGUCUUAUUCAGGUCUGUUUUAAACCUUUGCUGGUGCUCUGGUUUAGCCCAGCCCAGAGUUCAAAGUAUUCUUGAUUUAAAUAAGGGACAAAUGGUGUUCUCUCUCUCUUUUUUUUUUUCUUCUUUAACUUUAGUUGUCUUGAUGUGGGGGAAACUGUCAUAUAUUGAGAAAUAAUAUUUGAAAAUUGUAAAUAAAUUCUUGUUUUAUGAAAA